AUGGCCACAGAAAAGGCUCGCGAUACAAGUCAAGCCACUAAUGGAAGAAGAAAACGGCGCAGGAAGCCAAGACUAACUGGCUUGAGCAAACAAAGGCAGACUGCCAACGCACGAGAGCGAACUCGCAUGCGCAGUAUAAGCGCCGCGAUGCUCCAACUGCGGUACCGGCUUCCUUCAUCGUUCGCUCCAAAGGAGAAAAAACUGUCUAAGAUUCAAACUCUGCGGUUGGCAAUUCGCUAUAUCGGAGAUCUUUGGAACGUUCUACAAAGCGAGGAAUCAGACCAUGUGAUUCACUCUGUUGACGGCGAUAUCAUUCAACCAAGAGAAGUUGAGCUAGUUGAUCAAUGUGAAAAUCAGUGA